UUUAUAAUGUAACCUAAGAUCGAUAACUCUAUUCUUUAUCAGUAGAAGGAGGGUCUACCCGAGUGGCAGUAUUUUAAAAUGUUGAAUUACGAAAUCCACUCGGUGUCAAGAUCAUCUGCUUCUAUUUCCUUUUAUGGAAUUCCGUACGCUGAUUUCGAUAGAACAGGCCAUUGGGCAGUAUGGUGUAUUUCCAAAAUGUUUGAGGCAUCUAGAGCUUUAGCUUUGUACAAUGGAUUUUUGGAUUUGGCUAAAAUCUAUCACCAAGACGAAACUAUAGUGAUUGCUAAACAAGAGAUUAAAUUAAAUCCCAAAGUUCAUCAGAUAAAACUGAAACCACAAUCUCAUUUGUUGUUCGAUGUGAAAUUACUGGAAGUCGGAGAAAGGUCCAUUACGAAUGUGACAGAGCUCAGAGACGGGUCCACGAAAGAGAGGCUUGGUGAAACCUUUCUAAAAUUUGUCAGAUUCAGUCGUAAAACAAGACGUUCAAUUUCAUUUCCUGAGUGGUACAUCAAAUCACUUGAACUACACGAGAGCCCACAGAAACAACAGUUUCGAAGCAAAACUGCUUUGCCAGAUAUUCCAGACAACGCUUUCAAAUUCCGUCUAGUCCCAAACUAUAGUGAUAUGGAUCGAAACAACCACGUGAACCAAUCGUCGUACAUCAAAUUCUGCAUGGAUGCUGCCACUCAUGCGUCUUUGAGUGGUCACUACGUGCACUUCAACGAGGACAUGUGUCUAUAUGCCCCUCUCCUGUGGACCAUCAGCUAUGUUGGUGAAUGCAGAGCAAACGACGAACUGUCCAUCUACACUUGGCAGAGCGAAAGUUCGUCCCCGGAGCACAUUGAGUUUUCAAUACUUUUGAACGAGAGACUUAUUUUCCAUGCCUCUACCAUUUUUGAGAAGGAGGCGAAGAAAGUCGCAUCCUCAUUAUCAAAAAUCUAAGCGAUAUUAUUUUUCUUUCUUCCGUGAGAUAAAAUAUGUGAAUUUAUACAAGAAUCAUGUACGUAUUGACAAAAUAAAUUAAUAUUAAUUCAU